UAUUUGGCGAUGAUAGUUGAUAACAGACUAUAAUUUUUUCAGACUCGGAUAAAUGUAAAUUUAUUACCUACGCUAUUAUUUUUGUUAGGGAGCCUUAGAGAAGAUCGUCUUAGUUCAUGGUUUUCAUAUCUGUGAUAUACAAACAUACGUAUGCUUUUAAAUCUCUGAUAUACACUAUAUAGUUCGCCAUAUUAAUGCAUGGACAGCAACUUCACUAAUUUGCUUCUCCUGAACAAUUCUGUGGAAUGCCCAUACUGUGUUACACGAUUAGACAGCUUAGUAAUAUAUGACGUACCUAUUUUAUAUUAAUUUCUAAAUUAUUGAUGAUCAAACCACACGAUAUUUAAUACUAAAACAUAAGAUUAAUUUAACUAAUUUAGUGUCGGAAAUUGUCGUGAGAUGGCAGGAAAAAAUCCAUCUGAAAAAAGACUUCUUAGAGAAUUUCAAUUAUUUGUUAGAGAACCUCCUCAAGGGAUGUUUGUAGAUGUUGAUCAAGCGGAACAAAAUUUCAAAAUUUGGAUUAUAAAUAUGCAAGGCGCUGAAGGUACUUUAUAUGAUGGAGAACAGUUCCAGUUACAGUUCAAGUUUGAUGCCAACUAUCCUUUUGAGUCGCCUGAAGUUAUAUUUGUAGGCGGAAACAUUCCAGUUCAUCCACAUGUGUAUAGUAAUGGCCAUAUAUGUUUAUCUAUUCUUACUCAUGACUGGUCACCAGCAUUAACUGUUCAGACUGUCUGUCUUUCAAUUAUGUCUAUGCUAAGCAGUUGCAAAGAAAAGAAAAGACCUGAAGGUGAUAGCUUAUACGUACAAUUUGGCAACAAAAAUCCAAAAGAAACACAGUGGUGGUAUCAUGAUGACAAUGUUUGAAGUAUUGAAAUCAAUCCUAUUAUUUAUUUACGAGCUACAGAUUCUCAUUUAAUAUGAAAAUUGUGACCAUGUUUUUAUUGCAGUUAUAUGUAUACCUCAUUUUAACACAGCCAUUAAUUGUACCCAGAUCUUUUUAAAUGUAUAUUUGUUAAUUAUAAAUACCUACAUAUAAU